AUGAAUACAAAGAAUUUCUGGUUUUUGAUGACUCUAGGUGUUUAUCAGGUCUCCUCCUCGCCAAUAUCUUUUUGCCCUGAUAACUCUGACGUCUGUUUCCAAUGGGCUGUCCCCGAAGCCGGAAACGAGAACAUAUAUUUUCAAAUCGAUGCCCCGACAUCAUACCAGUGGAUCGGACUGGGAAUAGGCAAGCAGAUGGCUGGCGCUGCCAUGUUCUUGGUCUAUGAAGACGGUCAGGGAAAUGUCACUGUUAGCAACCGCAACGGAAAGGGUCACUCCAUGCCCCUUUUCGGAGAUCAAGAUAGCAUUUCCUUGCUCGAUGGUUCUGGCGUCAAAGAUGGUCGAAUGGUUGCCAAUGUUCUCUAUAAGAACUCUGGAAAGCUUGAUCUUUCAGGUUCUAGCGACUGGAUCAUGGCCAAGAAACAAGGUGCAUCAUUGGCCUCGGUAGAUCCGGACGAGUCGAUCACUGUUCAUGAUUCACACUCUGCCUUCAGCAUCAACCUCGCCCAAGCAUCUGUUGCGUUGGACUCUAAUCCGUUUUCUGAAAACAACAAUAACGAAAACGGUGUCUCUGGUGGAGAUGCCACAGGAGUGACAGAGGCAAACAGCAAUCCCAACAACAAUCUCAUCCUAGCACACGGCGUUAUCUUGACCGUUGUUUUCGUUGCCGUAUACCCACUUGGCUCCUUGCUGAUGCCCUGGCUUGGCAAGUGGUAUAUUCAUGCUGCCUGGCAAAUGGUUGGGUUCUUGGCCAUGUGGGCAGGCUUCGGUAUCGGAUACGUGGUUUCCAGCGACCUUGACAUUUUCUUUGACCAAACUCACACUCGUUUGGGUGUUGUCGUCGUGGCCUUGCUCGGCAUGCAGCCCAUCCUUGGACUUCUUCAUCAUAUGCAGUACCGUCGACAGGGGAGGCGUGGUGCCUUCGGCCAUGUCCACAUAUGGUAUGGUCGUGCGCUGAUAAUAAUGGGUAUGGUUAAUGGUGGACUCGGACUGCAACUGACUGGCGCUUCCGACGUUUAUAUCAUUGUGUAUUCCGUAGUUGCAGGUGUCUCUGCGCUCCUGUACGCUGGGUACUCUACCUUUAAAGCCAUCAAGACGGAGAAGAAGAAAUAA